AUGGCUAAGAUUCAAGCACCAGCUGUGGCAACUGAUAUUAAUGAUGAUGGCAAAAUUGAAAUAGUGAUAGUUGACACUCAUGGAAAUGUUGCAGCAUGGACUGCACAAGGAGAAGAAAUUUGGGAAGUGUAUCUUAAGAGUCUAAUACCACAGAUGCAGCGCUUUCUUUCUCAGUUCCUGAAAACAGUGUCAUUAACGCUCUCCCUUCUCGUCCCGUCCUCAUCUUCCGGAGAUCUUAAUGCAAUGAUCCAGAGCAGUUCACUUGUGAAUGGCCAGACGUUGAGAUCGACAGGAGAGUUGUUCCAACUGGGUUUCUUCAAUCCAGAUAAUAGUUCAGCGAAGGGAUACUUAGGAAUCUGGUACUGCAAUCUCACACCGCAAGAAGGCACUGUAGUAUGGAUCGCCAAUCGAAACAAGUCUGUCAACACAUCCAUGGCAUCCUUCAACCUCACUUCCGAUGGAAAUCUAAUCUUAUUUGAGGAAGACAGAAUUGUUUGGUCGACGGGAACGAGAUCCACAGGACUAAAUUAUUCACGCUUGCAUCUUUUAGAUUCUGGAAACCUCAUGCUGAACGACAGCAACUCGAUUAAUCUAUGGCAGAGCUUCGACCACCCAGGCGACAGCCAGACGUAUCUCCCAGGCAUGAAGCUCGGAUUUAACUUCCGGACCAAUACUUCACGGCGGCAAGUGUCAUGGAGGAGCCCCGAGGAUCCUUCUCCAGGAGACUACACCCACGUGGUUCUUGCUUUAGCUAUUCCGGAUAUUGUUAUCUUGAAAGGAUCCGCCAAAACCCAUCGAGGCGGCCCAUGGAACGGAUAUGGUUUCGUCGGCUAUCCAAUGAUGGCGAGCAGACCUCAGGCGAGCUCAAUAAGUUUCACGUUUGUGUACAACCAGAAUGAGAUAUACAUUAUGGCUAAUUACACGGACUCGCCGACGCCUGUGCUGUCCCGGUCGGUGUUGUGUGCCAAUGGAACCAUCCAGCGUUGGCGUCUAGACAGGGGUGACAAGGGAGAGUGGCAACUUCUUUGGAAGAUUCCGGAGGACGACUGUGAUAUGUACAAUCACUGCGGCCGCAAUAGUGUGUGCACCUGGAACUACUAUACCGUCAACUGCGAUUGCUUGGACGGGUUCAUAAACAUUGUCGAGAACGGAAGUAGCGAGGCCGGGUGGUGCGAGAGGGAGAAGCCUUUGAAUUGCUCGUCGAACAACCAGUUUACCAAGGUGUCCAACGUGAAGGUGCCCGACACUGAGAACGCUACAGCACGAGGAAACAUGAGUCUCGAUGAAUGCAAGACUUGGUGCUUGAAUGAUUGCUCCUGCGUGGCGUAUGCGCUGUUCAGCGGGGAUGAUGGAUCAUGCAUCACUUGGCCUGGUGAUCUUCUGGAUCUGAGGGCUUUUGUCGUUGGAGGAAAUGAUUUAUACGUUCGGCUCGCAGGAGAACAUCUGCUGGAUCAUCCAAGAACAGAUCAUAAAGAUCAACAUGAAAUAAGAGGUGCAGAAUCUCUAUUGUUUGAUCUAGUGGCUAUUAGGAUAGCUACGGACAACUUCUCUGAUGGAAACAAACUAGGAGAAGGAGGAUUUGGGCCUGUUUAUAAGGGAACGUUGGCAAACGGAGAGCAUGUAGCAGUAAAAAGACUUUCAAGAAGCUCAGGACAAGGACUAGAUGAGUUGAAAAAUGAAGUGUUUCUAGUUGCAAAACUUCGACACAGAAACCUCGUGAAGCUAUUGGGUUGUUGCUUAGAAUCAGAGGAGAAACUACUCGUUUAUAGUUACCUUGCUAAUACAAGUCUUGACAAGUUUUUGUUUGAUAAUUCAAAGAGAAAGCAGUUGGAUUGGACAACAAGAUUUAAGAUCAUUGAGGGCAUCAGUCGAGGACUUCUUUAUCUUCAUGAAGAUUCGCCACUAAAAAUCAUUCAUCGGGACUUAAAAGCUAGUAACAUUUUAUUAGAUGCAAACAUGGAUCCUAAAAUUUCGGAUUUUGGUCUUGCGAAGCUUUUUGGUGCAGAUGAAACCCAAGGAAACACUAAAAGAAUUGCCGGAACAUUGUACUGGAUAUAUGGCAUCGGAAUAUGCCAUGCAUGGGCUCUUCUCAAUUAA